CAAACAUCACGACUAAUGCCACAAUUUAUAUUCUCAUAAGCACCAGUUCGUGUGAGAGUAUCGCUUACCAGACUUCUGAGCGUUAGAAAUUAAUCGAUAAAAGUUGGGUUGUUCAUCGCUUUACAUCCACUGCCGAUUCCCAGCUUAUCGAAAAUGCGUUUACUAGUUAUCGUACUGGGGAUCGUAAUCCUCAACGUCGCUGCUAUCGCAGCUCAACGACCAUCGAUCAGGGGCCGAAUGCUUGAAAAAUAUGGGACGUCUGCCUGGAAUCAACGGAGAUCUACCAACCGAGUACUCAAGAGCUCGGACGAUUUUUCGCGCAAAUUGGUUAAGGAAGUCGCGAAAAAAGAUCGAGGAAAUUUCAUCGUUAGUCCGCUCGGUGUGUCGAUGACUCUGGCAAUGUCAGCUUUCGGGGCACGGGGUCGUACCGAAAUGCAACUUCGCAAGGCUCUUGGACUCUCCAACGACGAGGAAUCUAGAAAAAUCGGAUAUCAGACCGUCACCGACUAUUUGAAUAGUUUCCAAAAAGCGGAAUUGCACGUCGCCAACAGGGUAUUCCUUUCCUCAGAAAUAACUCCUAACCCCCAAUUUGCCGAUACAAUGGAACGUGCAUUCCGUUCCCAGGCGCAAACUCUCAAUUUUUAUGAUGCAGCGAAAUCGAGCCAAACUAUAAACAGAUGGGGCGCGGCAGAGACGAACAAUCGUAUCACAGAAGUCGUUAGCCCAGGUGAUUUCGGCAGCGAUACGGUAAUGACUCUAGUUAACGCGGUGUAUUUCAAGGGCACAUGGUUGAAAAAAUUCGACCCUGAAGUUACAAGAGAUUCACCGUUUUACCAUGAAGAUGGUACUCACAAAAAUAUUCCAACCAUGGACGCAGUGCUCAACGUCACUUAUGGGGAAUAUCCAGAAGUCGACGCCACCUUCAUUCAACUUCCUUAUCAGAGCGAAGAUAAUCAACACAACAUAAGCAUGUUCAUCGUACUUCCGAAUAAACGGGACGGUCUUACCACUGUGGACGAAAAUUAUGAUAAAAUUUCCAUCUCGCAACUAAUCCAACGCGGAAUAUACCAAAAUGUUGAUAUGCUCAUACCAAAAUUUAAAAUCGAAGGUGAACUUGAUCUCAACGGACCCCUGCAACGAAUGGGCAUGACGGACAUGUUUGACGCGUCGAGAGCAGACUUCUCGGGCAUCACUGGUGGGGGGUACACUCAGGAUCCCAACGAAGUUAUUUCGACUGGUAGAAUCGUUGUAAACAAAGUUAUGCAAAAAGCUGUCGUAGAAGUCAACGAAGAAGGCAGCGAAGCUGCGGCAGUAACCGUUGAACUUUUCGAAUCCCGAUCGUUCGGACCGAAAUAUACGCGAUUUAUCGCGAACCAUCCCUUCUACGCUAUUAUCGCUACGACCGGCAAGCAUCCGAUCAAUCUCUUCACGCUUCGCUUCACCGGUUAAGAAGAUCGACUUAAGUCCAGUUUCAAAUGUUCAAUCGACAGAACGUUAUUCGUCUAGAACAUAUGUUACACGUACGAUAAAAAUUCUCUGUCCUCGUAACCCUCGCGUUUAUCUGAGUAAGAAAUGAAAAAAUAAUAGCAUAAAAAAGAUGGAAUGAAAUCUGUGAAUCUUAUACUGAAACAAUGGAAACUCCAAGGAAUUAUCAAAAAUCACAAC